UUUUGAUGAUGGCUGUUCUAAGUUGUACUCAGAUUUUAUUAGCCCUUGGAAUGCUUAUAUCAGGGUCGAUUAACACAUUAUCAAAGAAAGCACAAAAUGAUUGUUCAUCAAAAGGACUAAAAGAUACUCACGGCAAUGAGGUUCACAAGUUUGAUCAUCCCUGGUUUCAAACUGGUCUCAUGUUCAUUGGAGAAACAAUGUGCUUAAUUGGUCUGUUCUUUUACAGAAGAAGAUUAAGAAAUAAUGCCAGAAAAAAUUUAAUGGAUAUCAACAGAGGUUCAAGUGAUGGAAGUGAACUAUCUUCUGAAUUAACCCAACAGCCAAGGGUGUUUCAAUGGAUAUUUGCAUUCCCUACAGUCUGUGAUUUGUUUGGAACUACAUUAGGAGGAAUUGGUCUUCUAUAUGUCAAUGCAUCAGUGUGGCAAAUGUUAAGAGGUUCAAUUAUAAUUUUUACUGGAAUACUAUCUAAAAUUUUCCUCAAGAGAAAGUUGUGGCCCAUACAUUGGAUUGGCAUGAUUGUAACAAUGUUUGGUUUGGUACUGGUUGGAUUGUCUAGUGUAUUAAGAGACAAUCAUCAGGGUUCAAGUCAAGGAGAGGUUAUCUUAGGUAUUGCUUUAAUUUUGGGUGGUCAGUGUGUCAGUGCCACUCAAAUGAUUGUGGAAGAACUAUUCCUAAAGAAGAGAGGUUACCAUCCACUACAGGUAGUUGGAAUGGAAGGAUUCUUUGGAAUUAUUUUAAUGGCCUGUUUAGUGCUUCCUGUAUUGUAUUACAUCCCAGGAGAUCAAAAUAAUCACAGUUAUGAGAACAGCAUUGAUGCACUUUUGAUGAUCAAGAAUGACACCAAGCUACUCAUAAUGUCCCUUUUAUACAUUUGCUCCAUAUCAUUUUACAAUUUUUUCGGGUUGUCAGUCACCAAGUCAUUAACAGCGGUGCACAGAACAUUAAUAGAUGCUUGCAGGACCAUAGUUGUAUGGGCUGUGGACUUGUUUGUCCACUAUGUCUUUCACGAGGGAUUUGGUGAGGCAUGGGACAAAAAAUAUGGUAUUUUUCAAGUUGAUGGCUUUCUGUUUCUGUUACUUGGCACAGCUCUUUACAAUGAACUUAUGAUUAUACCACCAUUAAUGCCUAAACCUGAACCGUCAUUACAUGUACAGGCACCUGAUAGCCACCCAUAUGACAUCCAAGAUGAAAGCAAACCUUUGUUGAAUGACCAACCAGAAUCCACUUAUACAGCCAUUGUAUAAUCACAUAAUAGGACAAUGUCGCCGUACAUGCAUCAUGAUCACAUGAUGUGGUUUAUAACCCAAUCAAAUUAUUUGAUAUAUCGGAUCAAUUAAGAUUUGGUAUAUAAAUAACUGGCCUGGUGCCAAUUUUAAUUUAUGUAAUAUUUUAUUUUUCAAUAAUCAUGUCUUCAAAAGAAUUUUAAAGGGAAAAGUUUUAAUUUACCUUUUAAAAAACAUUUUACUAAAAUGCAAAAUUAUGUAAGUCAUUCAUUGUUUCACAAUCUUUUUAUAAAUUUUAUUCAACUGUAAAAAUAAUAAAUAAUAAAUUAUAUUUUAUAUGCAAACUUCCAGAGAACUAGUUAUAAACUGCAUACAUGUAUGUGCAUUAUCUGUGUACAUUAUACACAGGGCCCUUGUAUUCAAACUACUAAAAUGAUUGUUUUAGCCACCAAACUCUAUA